AUGAGGAAAUUUGCGGGUGGUAUCUUAUUUUUGGACAAAUUUUCCCGUCCGCAAUUAGUGGAGUUUGUUGUUCUGGGAGCUAUUGCUGUGGCUUCCUUUCUGCUCAUGGUAUUUCUGCCGAUCUCACGGGUAUACUGCGCUAUUGCCCUGAUUAUUGUCAUCAUUUGCGGAUUGCGGUUGUGGCGGCUUUUGCCCAGCGACAGGCGACGUGUCUUGAGGGAGGCGCACCAGAUGGCUGACGCCAUGUUGUUGGCACGUCGGUCGACCAAUGCAGCCCCCAUGAUGGCGCUAUCCACGCAGUUGCCUCCUUCUCAGACUGCCUUGACGCAGGCUCCAUUCAUGCCGCUCGCGCAGUGUGCUCCAUGUAUGCAGUCUGGGUUUGGGCAAGUUGCGGCACUCCCUACGCAACAGUUUCUGGCAACUUCAAUGGGUUUUCCAUAUCGACAAAAUCAGGUUUUGAUGAUGAACUCAAUGGUACAGCCAUCUCCACAGCAGCAACAGGCGAUGCUGUCGACCUCCAUGGUACAGCCAUCUCCACAGCAGCAACAGGCGAUGCUGUCGACCUCCAUGGCACAGCCAUCCCCACAGCAGCAACAGGCGAUGCUGUCGACCUCCAUGGCACAGCCAUCCCCACAGCAGCAACAAGCGAUGCUGUCGACCUCCAUGGCACAGCCAUCCCCACAGCAGCAACAGGCGAUGCUGUCGACCUCCAUGGCACAGCCAUCUCCACAGCAGCAACAGGCGAUGCUGUCGACCUCCAUGGCACAGCCAUCUCCACAGCAGCAACAAGCGAUGCUGUCGACCUCCAUGGCACAGCCAUCUCCACAGCAGCAACAAGCGAUGCUGUCGACCUCCAUGGCACAGCCAUCUCCACAGCAGCAACAAGCGAUGCUGUCGACCUCCAUGGCACAGCCAUCUCCACAGCAGCAACAGGCGAUGCUGUCGACCUCCAUGGCACAGCCAUCUCCACAGCAGCAACAGGCGAUGCUGUCGACCUCCAUGGCACAGCCAUCUCCACAGCAGCAACAGGAAAUGAUGGCUAACACGCCGACACAGACGCAUCCAGUGCGUUUUGUUUUACAACAGGCGUCACGUGUUCCAAAGGCAUUAUCGCCGAAACACCAACAUUCGAUGGGCGCUGGCAAUAGGCUGCCAAAGCAACGGCAAGAUUUGAGGAGCAAGACUCAAUUUGGCUAA